GACACCUCUGCAUCUCGCUUGUGCAAACGGCCAUGGGGAUGUCGUUACAUAUCUAGUAGAAAACAAGUGUAAGCUAAAUCUUCUUGACAAUGAUAACAAAUCGCCACUGAUGAAGGCAGUACAGUGCCAGCAAAAAAAAUGUGUGGCUAUUCUUCUAGAGCAUGGUGCUGACCCAAAUCUGGCAGAUGCUGACGGCAACACUGCCCUUCACCUUGCUGUCAUAUCUCCCAAUACAUCUGUAGCAGAGCUGUUACUUGAGCAUAAUGCCAAUAUUGAUGCCCAGAAUAAGGAGGGAUAUAGCCCACUCAUUCUUGCUGUCUCUGAACACCAUGAAGAGAUGGUAGAAUUUCUCCUUAAAAAAGGAGCCGACGUGCAUGCUCGAGAUCAGUGUGAAAGAACCCCACUUAUGACUGCUGCUUCUGGUGGGGAUCUUAAUUUCAUAAAAGUUCUUCUUCAGUAUGGUGCUGAUGUUUCCCAUAAAGAUACUAAUGGACGGACAGCUGAGGAUUAUGCUGUUAUUCAUGGACAUUCUAGUCUUAGUAAACAACUGGCGGAAUACGCAGACUGCGAAAACACUGGAGAAGCUUCUGCAGGUGAUGCACAAGGCAUCACGGUACUUAGCACUCCUCACCGAGCAGGAGCUGCUGGCUUUAUGUUGGGUGCACCUGCUGUGGACAGAGGAGAUGAUGGUGAUGGUUCUAGAAUUGAAAAUCCUAAGUCACCAAAGAAAAGCCUCAAAGAAAGAACUCCAUCAGAUGCAAACCUGAACAAAGGAGAACAUGGAGAACUGUUGAAUCAAAAUGUCUCAGAUGCAAGCAACCUGGAGGAAGAAGAAUUGGAGGAGGAGGAGGAGGAAGAUGAAAGUGACAAUGGAGAUGAUGAUGAAGAUUAUGAGGAGGAGGAAGAGGAGGAGGAGGAGGAAGAUCUGGAAGAUGAAGAAACUCAGUGUCAUGACAUACUGGAGGAGGAGCAGGGGGAAAAAACAAAACCUAGAAGGGAAAUUAAUCAGAACUUGGAGUAUUUUGGUAACACUAAGUAUGAAGGGGAGGCUCGGUGUGGAACUGGAGAUGUCUGUGAUGAUUAUCAUAAGCUAAGUAAAGAACUUGAUGGAAAGGUGGAGGAAUCUGUUGAUACUCCUGUGUCUUUUAUUGCUGGGUGUUAUGAAAGGUUGCAGGAAAAUAUAACUGCCCUGUCUCCAAAGAUAAUGAAUAAUGAAGUAUCUUGCAAGUCAGUACCAAAACAAUCUGUCUUUCAAAAUCUAAAUAAUUUGCAAGAUACACAGGAAAGCUGGAACAAGAAAACCAUGAUUCAGGAGAAGUUUCACAGAAAUGCUGACUCCUGUUUUGCAGACUCUGAAAUGACAAACUGGAAAAAAGAGACACCUCCACCUCUUUCAGAUAGUUGUCUUAAGGAGAAAAAGUCAAGUUUCGGUGAUGGCUUUGAAAGUGGUAAUAAUUCUCGGUCAGCAGCAAAAAACCCAAGGCUUGAAAGUCAAAGACCAAACUCUGUCAUUCUUGAACAUGUGCAUGAUGAUGAUACUGAAGAAGAGCAAUAUGAAGAAGCAAAUGAUAAAGAAGAAUCACCUGAACAGGAAGAGGAGGAGCAGGAGAAGGAAGACACUGGUGAACAGCUACGAACUGCAGUUGUUGAGGGUGUGAAAAAUUCUGUUUGUAAUGAUAGCCAUCAGGUCAACAAUGCUUCAAAAAGUGCUG